AUGCGCUUCUGGGUAAUGGCAAAACGGCGCCGGGGAAGGCGCCCGCUCCUCAGAAACGCAUUUAUUCGGCUGCUUGAACCUGACCCGGCCGCCGACAGCGACCCAGCGCUUUCAGCGCGAUUUUCCGCGGCGUUUCCCGGUGUGGGGACACGGGUGGUGGGAAGCCCUGAAGCACAAGAAGCUGUGCUGCAGGACCUGGCGGCCUUGGUGUGCCCCUGGCUGUACCUGUUCAGGUGUUCCCCUGCUGUGCUGUCGGUGCUGCCUGUUGGAGCAGUGGGGAUGGGCAGAUCCAAAGAGCAGGAGUUAAACCCCACAGAAGUGUUUCGGAGCAGGCAGAGAGAGUGGCGAGCAGAAGUCCCAUGUUUAGAUCUGCCCUUGGAUUGCAAUUCCUCCCGAUGGGUCUGUGCUGCCCAAAGUACAAAGGAGGGAGAUGCUGGAGUACCUGUUUGUUCCCCUGUUGAGCUUGGAAGAGACGCUGAGCGUGAAAUUCCAGGGAAGCUGCGCUUGUGUAGUGACUGGAGUGAGAAGCAGUGGCAGCUGUUUGCCGUGGGCUGGUUUCUCACCUUCACUUCAAUUCCCUGGCAUUGCAGGAGGAGCAGAAAAUUCCACGGCUCCUGGGGAUCAUUUGUCUGCGCUGACUUUGUGCUGCAGCCGGAGCUGUGUCCUAAAUGUAAGGAGCAUCGUAACUUCUGGGUUGUGUCAAGUACAGAACUUCAAAUUUUUUCAGUGUGCUCAUUGUAUCACAAAAGGGACUUGCCCUGUGUCAAAGAUGACAUUGAAAUUGAGGCUUCCGAUAGAGGCAGAGGGAUAGGAUGUAAACCCAAUACAAAUGGAGAAGGCCAGAGGAGCACGGCAACGAGGUGGGUCAGCCCUCUUAGGAGAUGCCAACUAAGAGACAACAGCCUGGUGACAGCAGGAACUUCCCGGACAGCGAGAGGCAGCCUUCUUUUGUGCCCAAGGCAGAUUCACAUCCCCAGAUGUCCAAGAGAUAAGUCGAGGGCUAUGACCCACGGAGGGAAUGAAAGCGGGGUGUUGAGUCAGGACUCGCUGGGAGGGGUUUUUGAGUCACCUCUGGAGAUGGGGAUACCCAAGAAGGGGCCCCUUAGGCCACAUAAAGGGAAAGUCUCACAUUUGAUCACAAUGCCAAGGUGCACAGGGCAGAGCAGUCCUGGUGCGUGUUGUCACUUGUCUAUCGUGUGUUCUCUGUCUUUUGGGCAUCUUGUGUCACAGGUCUUUUGCCUUAGCCCUUCGAUGUGCUUGCAGUCAUUCUUUUCACCAAGAGUUUUCUCUCUUCGUCGCAUCCCCUCUUUUGUCAUCACCUGUGUCACGGGUACCUGCAUGUGUUUGGCCUGGAGCUGCUCUGCCCUGUGCACAGUCUGGUAUAUGAGUGUGAUAGGACAGGGCCCGGGGACUUGAAAUUUGUAGCGUAGGGUGUAGUUUGGCCUCUAGAUGGUAUUCCUAGAUUGACACAAGAUGGCU